AAGCAAGUUAGAGGUCGGACUGAAGCAGAGGUGCUGGGCCAGCUUGUGUGUCGCGCUCAGCCGCCCUCAGCUCUCCCCAGCCGGUCGGCUUCCCUGGUUUUGCCCUUGAGGCCUUACCAGCCGAAGCCCAGCGGGCUGGCGCUCAAGAUUCCUCACUCUGCGCAGAUUUCCCAGAACCGUUGCCCUGCUGACAUCCAAAGAGCCUUUGAUCUUUGACCUCCUCGCACCUUAAUCUUUCAGUAACUUUUAAGUUCCUUCUACAGAUGAGCCCUUUGGCUCUUCAGGCUCUCCACGAGAGUGCCUUAUAUCGUGCGGUGGCAGGAUUGUCUGUAAUGCUUGCUGAGUUAUUUGUGUACCUGUAAUCCUUUUACACUCGGCCAGACCUGGGCUGUCAGAUUGAGAAGUCACUGGUGAGGAUAUAAUACAUAUGUUCGGAUAGUGAUCCUCAAAGAUGAGAGCCUUCUCUGGGUGUAGUCUGGUGCAGAAAGUCUCUGGUGCGCUGAUUUGGCGCUUGGGAAGAGGCAUCUCCUAGUCAAACCGGAUAAAGAUAUGCAUCCAGUGCCCAGGGCGUGUGCGAAAUUUGUCAGAAGUGGCCCUUUAUUGUAAGCAGACGCCAGAGCUAAUGUUGUACUCCCGCUGCUGCCUGAAUCAGAAGGGCACCAUCCUGGGGCUGGAUCUCCAGAAUUGUUCUCUGAAGGACCUUGGUCCAAACUUUCUUCAAGCUCAUACUGCUAUCAUCAUAGACCUGCAAGCAAACCCCCUAAAGGAUGACUUGGCCAACACCUUUCAUGGCUUUAUCCAGCUCCAGACUCUGAUACUACCACAAGAUGUCAGCUGUCCUGGAGGUAUUAAUGCCUGGAAUACUGUCACCUUUUAUACAAACAACCAAAUCUGUCAAGGGCAAAGGAACCUUUGCAAUAGCAGUGCGGACACAGAAAUAUGUCCUGAGAAUGGAUCUUGUGUGCCUGAUGGUCCAGGUCUUUUGCAGUGUGUUUGUGCUGAUGGCUUCCAUGGCUACAAGUGUAUGCGUCAGGGAUCAUUCUCGCUACUUAUGUUCUUUGGGAUUCUGGGAUCCACCACAUUAUCCAUCUCCAUCCUGCUGUGGGGAACCCAACGCCGGAAAGCUUCAUGAACUCCAUAGGUCUUCCUACUGACCUGAAGAUCAUCUCAGUCUAUUGUAGCCGAGCCAGGGAGAUUUGCUUCCUAGAUAGGCUGGCCAGAGGAUCCUCCUCAAGGAUAAAGCCAUGGAUGGAAGGAAGAUGGAACCUUGUACAACACUGGAGUGGCACAUUCCAGUCCGGGAGUGGACCUGUACCUGUUCCCAUUUGUGCUGUUAACGAUAAUAAACUUUUUUUUUUUUUUUUU